AUGCCGCCAAAGGCAUCGAAGGCCGACUUGGCAAAGAAGCAGAAGGUCGUGGAGGACAAGACCUUUGGUCUGAAGAACAAGAACAAGAGUAAGAAUGUCCAGAAGUACGUACAGAAUCUCAAGCAGUCAGUCCAGCCCAAAGUAGACCCAACCAAAGCCAAGAAAAAGAAGGAGGAAGAGAAAGCCAAAGAGAAGGAGCUUAAUGAUUUGUUCAAGGUUGCUGUUAGUCAGCCAAAAGUGCCAGCUGGUGUUGAUCCCAAGUCUAUAUUGUGCGAGUUUUUCAAGGUUGGGCAAUGUACUAAGGGAUUUAAGUGCAAAUUUUCCCAUGAUUUGAAUGUUCAGAGGAAGGGUGAAAAGAUUGAUAUUUACAGUGAUAAGCGCGAUGAUGAAACAAUGGAGGAUUGGGAUCAAGAGACGUUGGAGAAGGUUGUGGAGUCAAAGAAGAAUGAGUAUAACCAGAAUAAGCCCACCGAGAUUGUUUGCAAACACUUCUUGGAAGCAGUGGAAAAGAAGCAGUAUGGUUGGUUUUGGGCUUGUCCAAAUGGUGGAAAAGAGUGCCAUUACAGACAUGCUCUUCCUCCUGGCUAUAUUUUGAAGUCUCAGAUGAAGUCACUUCUUGACGAAGAGUCUGAAAAAAUUGCCAUUGAGGAUGAGAUCGAAAAUCAGCGUGCAAAAGUUACAACCUGUACUCCAAUGACCACUGAUUUGUUCAUGCAAUGGAGGAAGAAAAAGACAGAAGAGAAAGAGGCUGGCCUGGCUGUACAACGAGCAGAGAGGGCUAAGAAUGACCGCAUGAGUGGUCGUGAGUUGUUUCUUGCGGAUGCUAGCGUGUUUGUGGAUGAUGCUGAAGCUUAUGAAAAAUACCAGAGACAAGAACCUGAGGCUGCUGAAGAGAAGGUCAAAGACAACUCAGCAGCAGCAGGACCAAGCGCCUCUACUAGUGUGGCUGGUUCCGAAGAAGUCCCCAUCGAUGAUGACGGUGACGACGACGAUGACGACGAUGAGUUGGACAUGGAUGAGUUAAAUGAACUUGAAGCAAGUUUGUCAAGAACAUCCAUUCAGAUAAGGGAACCAGGUAUAGAGGCAUCUUGA